AUGGACAUCACCUCCCCUACGCCUUCAGGGCCGACGACCAACCAUCGCCGGGCAGAGCCUCCCCCGUAUCAGUCGAUUUCCCAUGCACACCGUGUACAGCAUUUUGACUCGGAACAGUGGCAGGGCCUCGAGCCGACCGCUUCUUUCGUGUGGGAAUCGCCGUACUUCGGCAAAGCCCAUGCGGUAACCGGCAAACCUCACUGGGAAGUCAGGUUACGCGUGAAAACACGUGAUCUGCGGCGGCUCAUGCGAGAAGGCUUCCAAUGGGAUAUGAGCAACUUCGAUUUCGAGGCCACAUAUACUCAGACACAUCUUGGUGGCGAGAAGCCGUCUCUGUUCAAGAGGGGAUGGACAUGCAGGCGAAACUUUUUCUUAUCCGACCUACGAGACAAGCCUUACUGGACAGCGAAGUUGACCGUUUUCGCUCGGGAGAUCAGCGUCUUGAAAGAUUUCGACGUCACGGAUAUCACGCCACAAAACAUGAGUUGGGCGUGUGCGUUUGUGGACGCCACGCAAGCGUCCGCUUGCGGGAUACCUAGGACCAUUGGAGAGAAUCAGCCAUUCUAUUCAUGGGUCCUUGACAAACCUUCAGACACUUGGAACAAUAUUUAUGGCGACUUGGUACUGGAUGGCUGGUGGCCAUGGCCGAAAGCCGACGUUCAUACGACGUAG